AUGGCACUUCUUCAAGUUUCUGCAAGGAGGAUUCUCACAGGGCUUGCCUUGUGCUUCAUGUUUCUGAUAUUGAAUGCUUCUUCUUCUGCUGCUGCUCGUAAUUUGCUGAACACUAACAGAGACUUAUCCCCACAACACCACAAGCUCAGAAGACAGCUUGUUGAAAAUGGACUUGGUCUCACUCCUCCCAUGGGAUGGAAUAGUUGGAAUCAUUUUCAGUGUGACAUUAACGAGGAGAUGAUUCGAGAAACAGCUGAUGCAAUGGUAUCAACGAGCCUUGCUGCCUUAGGGUAUCAAUAUAUCAAUUUGGAUGAUUGCUGGGCUGAACUUGAUCGAGAUUCUGAGGGAAAUAUGGUUCCAAAAGCAUCAAAAUUCCCAUCAGGAAUUAAGGCUCUUGCUGAUUACGUCCACAGCAAAGGAUUGAAGCUUGGGGUUUAUUCUGAUGCAGGAAAUCAAACGUGCAGCAAGCAGAUGCCUGGAUCACUGGGACAUGAAGAGCAAGAUGCAAAAACAUUUGCUUCCUGGGGGGUUGAUUUCUUGAAGUACGAUAACUGCGAGAAUCUCAAUAUAAACCCAAAAGAGAGGUACCCUAAAAUGUCUGAAGCAUUGUUGAAUUCUGGAAGGCCAAUCUUCUUCUCCAUGUGUGAAUGGGGCCAAGAGGACCCAGAACUUUGGGCCAAAAAUGUAGGAAAUAGUUGGAGAACAACCGGAGAUAUUGAAGAUAAAUGGGAAAGCAUGACAAAUAUUGCAGAUGCAAAUGAUAGAUGGGCAUCUUAUGCUGGACCUGGGGGAUGGAAUGAUCCAGACAUGCUAGAAGUUGGAAAUGGAGGAAUGACCACCGAAGAAUACCGUUCUCAUUACAGCAUUUGGGCUUUGGCUAAGGCCCCUUUGUUGAUUGGUUGUGAUGUUCGAGCAAUGGACAAUACAACAUACGAACUACUAACCAACAAGGAAGUUAUUGCUGUUAACCAAGACAGCUUAGGAGUUCAGGGGAAGAAGGUGAAAAGUGAAGAUGGUUUGGAGGUAUGGGCGGGUCCUCUUAGUGAUAACAGAGUAGCAGUGGUUCUAUGGAACAGAAGUUCAUCAAAAGCGACUGUAACUGCCCAUUGGUCUGACAUAGGGUUGGAAUCAGAGAAAGUUGUAGAUGCAAGAGAUUUAUGGGAGCAUUCUACACAAGCUUCGGUUUCGGGGCAGAUUUCUGCUGAACUGGAUUCACAUGCUUCCAAGAUGUUUGUUUUGAGUUCUAAUUAA